ACACGCUGGUUCAACCAAACGUUCCCAUAUUCACGGUUAGGACGGUGUAAAGAUUUAACCGUUGCCCGGUUCACUUUUUCCUAAACCGUUUUAGUCGUUCGGCAAACUUCUCGAAUUUAAAGUCGAAGUUUAAAGAUUCGAUUCAUUCGUAACGUUGAGGUCCACCUUAAACGUUCUUGUAGAACCUUUAACUCGUCUAUGUUAAAUUUAAGUUGAAAAAGGUGAGAAAAGGAGGAAAAUAGUGUACGUUUGUGAUUGUGCUUGGUCUGUUGACCGAACCGUGUGUUGCAUUAAAUAACUGUAUCUUGUAGAAGCAUCACCAUUGGUCGACUUAUCCAUCGAGAACCUUGAAACGCCAACGGUAAAUGAUAGCGGACACCCGGAGGAUCAUUUCUAUAUUGUACGGUCGCUCAAUAUUCAUUCAUAUGAAUAUAGUGGGACCUUCGUUGGCGUUACAGAUGUCUUCGCAGUGCUUUUAGUGGGACAUUCCAGACGAUAUGCUCGCGAAAGGGCUAAUCGUUACUGUUCUGUUAUGUGCCAUCGAUAUUCCGAGGGCACGUGGCCAAGACGACUCUUUACCGGGAAACUUCCUCGCUGGUCUUCUUGAACAAUUAACAAGCACAGCGAAUUCCAAAGACUGUCCGGGUGUGUGCGUGCACUCUUUCGCGACAUUAAUAUGCAACGAUGUAAUCGAAAACACGCAAUGUCCGGGUUCAACAAAAUGUUGCAUCGAACAACCCGUAAACGCAACGGAAACCGCCACCAUGACCAUCUCGACAACCUCUAAAACAUCCACCACAGAAAGACCCACCUCCGUUCUUACAACAACAACAACCACUACGACCACACAAAAACCUCCAACUACGUCUAUAGCGAAGACCCAAAGACCUAAAGACGAUAACGAUACUACAAAAAAAUGUACAGAAAAACAAGGAGUUUGCGUAACAAAAUCGAUGGCAGAUUAUUGCGAAGCGAUAAUAACAACGGAAGAUUUGUGCAGUUCAGAAGCAAAAUGUUGCGUUUCUUUGGACACCCUCAAAAAUCAAAUUCCACCAAACGUAAUCGUCCCAAACAAAACAAGAACAAGCAGCAUACCCGUUGAAGACACAACAACCACCAUCAAAAUAACAACAUCAACCACCGAACCAAUUCACAAAUACAAAACACAACCCAUCACGAAUCACUUGCCAAAACCAUCAUUUAAACCAAAACCACCCAAAAAGCAAUGCAAAGGGGAAUGCGUCAGUGCCUUUUUAUCGUUAUUAUGCGACGAAGUUGAUUUAACAGCUGAGUGUCCCGACGAGGGAAGUUGUUGCAUGACUUCAUUUCUUGAAGAAAAUCAUUACCAAGAAAAACCAACACCACCAACAACCACAUUAAUACCAAAAGUAACCGAUCCAAAAUGUCCAGGAACGUGCCUCUUAAACGUUUUAGCAGCGUUUUGUAAACGACCAGCUUCGAUAGUACCACGCACAUCGUGCCAAAAAAAUUACGUGUGUUGUGACAAUACGAAAGUUUCAACAACCCCUAGGCCAGCACCCACACCGCCAAUGCUAAAAGUGACGACGACCGUUGAUCCGAGACCGGAAUGUCCUGGAUCGUGUAUAUUUACUUAUUUAAGUUUUACGUGUUUCAGAUACGCCGAAAUUACCGACAUAUUUAAAUGUCGCGUCCCCGGGACUCAGUGUUGCGCUCAAAAAUCGGCUAUUAGGGACGCAUCUGGUCAAAAAGGAGAAAAAAUUGUUACUACAACUUCUACGUUUUCUUCUAGUACAGAAGCUACAAUUUGGCAAAAUGUUAAUGAAUCUACAACAGUUGAAAUAAUUACAAAAACGCCACCACCUAUUCCUCAAAAACCAGCCGUUUAUAGUAAAUACGUUUGCGGCGUUAAAGGAAAUUCAAGAGUAGCUAGAGUGGUUGGAGGUGAAGAUGGUCAACCUGGUGAAUGGUGUUGGCAAGUAGCACUUAUCAAUUCACUUAAUCAAUAUCUUUGCGGUGCUGCUUUAAUCGGCACACAAUGGGUUUUAACAGCCGCUCAUUGCGUUACUAAUAUUGUUCGUUCGGGAGAUGCAAUUUAUGUAAGGGUGGGUGAUCACGAUUUAACCCGAAAAUAUGGUAGCUCCGGCGCUCAAACGCUGAGAGUAGCGACGACAUACAUUCAUCACAACCAUAACAGCCAAACUUUGGACAACGACAUCGCACUUUUGAAACUUCACGGCCAAGCAGAGUUAAAAGAAGGCGUUUGUUUGGUUUGUUUACCUGCGCGGGGAGUGAGUCAUAAAGCAGGCAAAAGAUGCACUGUAACUGGAUAUGGAUACAUGGGAGAAGCGGGACCGAUUCCUUUAAAAGUUCGAGAAGCUGAAAUUCCGAUUGUAAGCGAUACUGAAUGUAUAAGGAAAGUAAAUGCGGUGACUGAAAAGAUAUUUAUACUUCCCGCGAGUAGCUUUUGUGCUGGUGGUGAAGAAGGUAACGAUGCUUGUCAGGGUGAUGGAGGUGGUCCAUUAGUAUGCCAAGAUGAUGGAUUUUAUGAAUUGGCUGGUUUGGUAUCGUGGGGUUUUGGUUGUGGCAGAGAAAACGUGCCGGGUGUUUACGUAAAAGUGUCAGCUUUUAUAGGAUGGAUAAAUCAGAUAAUCAGCGUAAAUAAUUUGUGAAAUAAGUAAAAUGAAUUUUGUAUGUUAGGCUGACAUAGAGGCAUGUAAAUGUGUAUUUAAAAAUACUCUUAUUUAUAAAAUCAUAAAAAACACACAAUUUAGCAUACAUAUUUGUUACCAAGUAAGUAAAUUAUUAUUAUUAAUUUAA